AUGAUUCUUAAACUUAUAUAUCGUUUUACUCAAACAAGUUUUAUUACAUUUGUAAUCUUUAUUCUUUUAUCGGAAUGUAAUUCUUAUCCACUUUUCAAUCAAUUAACAAUACGAGGAAGGCCAACGAAAUAUUAUGUACAAGCUCGUGUUGACCGACAUUUAAAUCGAAUGAAACAACAUUAUGAUGCUAUGGAACAAUUAAAAAAUUGGCGUUGGGAUAUUGAUAAAUCGAAUGAAGAUGAAGAUGCAACAUUGUAA